GUCGCCGCACGUCGCCGCGCGCCUCCGCCCGCCCGCGCACGGCCCGGGGCAGCCGCCGCCGAGCGGGUCGGUGGCAGGCGGCGGCGGCGGUUGCGGAGCCGUCGGGCGGCCGUUGGGGAGUCCAGAGCCGCCCCCGGGGGUGACGCGGGGGACCCGAGUCCCGGCUCGGAGCAGCGUGCCGCGGGCUGGCCGGUUAUUUGCUCUUCGGGAUUGGAGCAUACGAAGUCUGGUGGAAAGCUGCUAUGGCAGCUCAGAUGUCUGAUGCUCAUCGACGGUUCUUGCAGGUCCUGAUGUCACACGGGAUAAUGGAAGGAUCAGAGGCUAGGAAGUUACACAGGCGCUGCUGUGAAAUCCAUAAAGUCUACUAUGCACAUGAUAAACUGGAUGAUUUCAUCACUACUAUUAAUAUCCAGCUACAGCCUUUGUUUAUGCAGAUCCGGAAAGGAAUGUCUGAAGGUGAUGGGAGAGCCCAUUAUGCCUUAGUGAAUCUGGCAGAAACUGAAAUUACUAAAAUGGCAUCUGACUAUGCAGAAAAUGAAUUAGAAUUGUUUAGAAAAACUAUGGACCUAAUCAUUUUAUCAGAAAAUGGCUUUGCCUGUUCUACAGAUAUUUUAAACUUAGCUGACCAACUUAAGACAAAGAAAAUGAAGAAGAAGGAAGCAGAACAAGUGCUGAAAAUUUUUGUGGAGGAUAAUUGGCUCUCUGAGAGAAAUGGGGAAUAUACUCUGCAUACUCGCUGCAUAAUGGAGAUGGAACAGUACAUUCUCAGCACCUACCAAGAUACAGCAAGAAAGUGUAACAUCUGUCAUAGCCUUGCCAUCCAGUAUAAACUUGGAGGAUGGGAACUCACCCAAACAAGAACAUUAUCGUGCUGUCUUACUUGCCAAAGCCAGCAGGCUAGAGAUGAACCCUUAUCCUUAAACAGGCAUAACAGAUAAGUGCUAGCUGUCUCAUCUUUGGACCUUACAAAUGGUAAUCUUCCGUAUGACAACCAUUCAUCUUUGGUUUGGGGAUUUUGGCUCAGAGUGAAUAUGUAUUUAUAUACAGCACUACUAAAGGACUACGUGUUGAUACAUGGCAAGUUUCCAGUUCAGUCUUGCAUGAGAAGUUACAGCAUGAAGUCCUAUUCCAAAACUACCAAAUUCUCUUGCUCCUUGCCACUGAAUCUUCUCAUCUUCCAGCUAACGUGCUUCCAUAAUAUUACUUUUUCCAUCCUAAUUGCUCUCCUUUAUUGCAGCUUGUUGUUGGGCUUUCAAGCUAAGUUAUAUCCAUACAGGAAAAUAGCAUUUCUUAGUUACCAGGAGAAAAACUCUUAUCCUUUACCAGCCUUGAUUUCCAAGUGUCUUCUAACUGUAAUACUUGAACCAUUCUCAGAAAUAAAGCAUUGCCUAUCUGUAUUGUGACAGCUUUAUGUUGAACUGAAGGACAGAUUAGGAAGGUUUUCUAGUAACACUUCU